UGAAAGAGAAGUUUUAUUGUUAAGUCGGAAACGCGCGCUAGAGAGAGCCGAGCCUGACGUAUUCCUGCCGAUGUCAAAACGGGCCGCGAUUAACGAGGUUCCCGUGUGCCGCCCCCCCCGCCCGGCGGCUGCCGCCCCCGGUCGCGAAACGAAGUUCGGCUGUGAUAUCUUUCGCGGUGGUGGUGAUAAUGAUGUCGCGGUUCGACGCUUCGGUGUCGUCGUCAGCGUCGUCGGCAUCGCGGUGAUUGUGUCAUGGAGGACAAUUUUACGAUGAGGCCCGGGGCUACGGACUUUAGCAUCGCGGCGAUCAUGUCGAGGCACGGGAGGGCCAAAACGAAAGGGGGCAGGCGUCUCGACGCCUCCGACCCCGCGGUCUCACCGUCCGAUAACUUUGUAGAUACGUCGUCGUCGGUCCCCUCUCCCCCCGAACCCGGUAGUUUAGAUUGCACGACGACGGUAAACGAUCCGGAAAGUCGAUCGGAUUCGCCGGUAGACGUAUCGUCGACCUCAGAAACGAGCACUCAGUCCAGGACUGGAAGAAGAACGCCUACCAAAAAUCCCCUGCUGCAAGAAAAAUGGACCUGCGAGGAGCUCCGGACCGUCACGUGUCAUUUAGAAACUAAAGACUUGUGGGACAAGUUCAACGAACUCGGUACGGAAAUGAUCAUCACCAAAACCGGACGGAGAAUGUUUCCUACGGUGAGGGUGUCAUUCACGGGCAUAAGGCCUGAGCAAAAAUACGCGGUGCUUAUCGAUAUCGUUCCGGUCGAUAACAAACGAUAUCGAUACGCGUAUCAUCGAUCCUCGUGGUUGGUGGCAGGCAAAGCGGACCCGCCCGCCCCCUGCCGCAUAUACACCCAUCCGGACUCUCCAUACACGGGGGAACAGUUGAGAAAACAAGUGGUUUCCUUCGAAAAGGUCAAGUUGACCAACAACGAGAUGGACAAGCACGGCCAUUUGGUGUUAAAUUCGAUGCACAAGUACCAGCCGAGGAUACAUCUGGUUAAGCGACCCGAUGGGCUCAACAGCCACGUGACCGACUUGGAAAACGAAGAGUACAAGACGUUCAUCUUCCCGGAAACCAUAUUUACCGCUGUGACCGCGUACCAAAAUCAAUUGAUAACGAAACUGAAGAUUGACAGCAACCCAUUUGCCAAAGGCUUUCGAGAUUCAUCUCGUCUGACAGAAUUCGAAAGGGAAACUAUGGAAUCGAUGCUAGCCGAGCAGCACUACUUCCGCUCCCCCCUUCGGCCGUUCGGCGAGAUGGACACCCACAAUAACAACCUCUCUCUGGAGGAAAAGGCCAUCUUGGCCGCGCGAUCGCAGCUAUUUUUACGCGCAGCUGCCGCCGCCGCCGCCGGCCCUUACGGCCCCCUGAUGGGCGGCUUUUACGGCGCGGCAGCUGCUGCUUCCUCCCAAGCCGUUCCGGUGAACCCGGGAGUGAUUUGGAACCAGUGGGCCUGCUUGGGGUCUUCCCUACUAGCCGCCCAGCACCAGCACCAACUGGCGGUCGCGACAGCGAGCUGCUCGCAGCUGAACCACCAACUACCCUCGCCGGUGUCGCCUUUGGCCCGCCCCUUGGCCCAGCACAGGUAUAGUCCGUACGCGCCUCCGCCUAGGACGAGUCCCGAUACGAACCUGAGGGAUGAGAUCGACAGUCCCGGUAGUCCUUAGAUGCGAUCAUUAAUUGUCAUCGAACGCUGCCGCGCAUUUAUUAUCAUUCACGUACUUAAUUCCGAGACCCUGAGAAAUGUUCAGAGGUUUGGCAACACCGACGGUAAUAUUAGGAUUGUUCCCACCGCAGUCAGAAAUAGCUUCUUAUUUUAGCUUCGCAUGCGAAUGUGAAGUAUCUUAUAUUUUAACUCAUAGAAUUCUAUGAAAUCGAUAACGGUUCUGCCAACAAGUUAUUUUACAAAAUCGCCAACAAAGACAAAUUGACAUAUACAGGGUGUUUGUUAACAGAACAUCAAUUAUUAAGGGGUCGAUUUUUUUGUCCAUUUUAGAAAGAAUAAUUCAUAUAUUCUAAAGUUAACUUUUGAGAUGCAGGAGAGUGAAGUUUCCAAAAAUAAAAUGUAUUUUAUAAUAUCUGUAAUUGAUAGUACGCCACUGAUUUCUCCUAAAAUAAAAAUUGUUCUUACAAUUUUGCAGUCACAGCUAAAUCGUUUGGUUUAUGAAAUAAAAGCAAGUUUUCCUGAACACUGAAUUAGUUUGCCCUAAUUCAUAUGCUAGGUGGCCGACGAAGCUAAAAUACUUCCAAAUAUUAUGACCAAUGGCACCAACCAGCUCACUGCACUGAAGAGGUGUCACAAAAAUUAUACCAAUUAUUUACUGACCAUUGGUUUCGACGUUUGUGGCAGUCGGAUUGGCCAGCAAGAUCGUCCGAUCUUAUGCCAUUAGAUUUUUACCCAACCAAAGGAUUUAAUUCUAGGGAAAUGAUACGUCAUUGGAAAGGGAAUUUGAUUUGCUCUUAGAAUAUGAGAUAGAAAAUGCACUUUUUACCAUUUUAAUAUCUUGUAAGUAAAUCAAAUAUAAUUUCGAUAUUGUUUGCACUCUCGUAGAAAUAAAAAUUUAAUUCAAGAAAUGUUUUGGUCGAAAAAUAAAGAAAAUAUCUAAUUCUAUCUAUUAUGAAUGUAUUAAUUUUCAGAAAAAUAUAGUGUGUAAGUUACCGUCAAAUAUGAAAAACCCUAUAUAUUCUUUGAAAUGUGAGUUGUGAUCAGAGACCAGAUCCUCUGGAGGAUCAAGAAAUCACCAAAGUUGAAAAGAGUCCUAUCCUUCUUAACUUUUCGAAAUUAGGAACAUAUUAAAAUUUUAAUAACAUUUCACUAUUUAAGGAUAGUUGGCAGUUUUAACUCUCAUUAAUAGAGGACAGAAAUUAUGCGUCACUGAAAAUGGUUCACAAUACUUUCCCAAAAUCAUAACGACCAAAUGAAGAGUACCUCAGGGCUCGGUAUUUUGCCCUAUUCCCUUUGUUUGGAACUCAGAAAAUGACCAUUCGGCCCGUUGAAGUCAGAUAACUCUUCUGAAAGUUCCAUACUUGUUUCUUACCAUACCUAUCUUUGAUAGGUCUAAAUUAUGACAGAUUUCUUUUGCUUCCUUUGUUUUAAAUUUUUUAUAGUUUUGUUUUUUCAGUUUUUGUUAUAAGUGCUGAGAGCCUUAUCACUUUUUUAUAGCUCUAAGGGAUUUUUUUAAGUAGUUUUAAUAAUAUACAACAAAUUACCGUCAGCUAAGAGAUCAUCAUCUAAAUUAAUAGAAAAAUUUCUUUAUGAUGUCGGUGGCAAAUUCCAUCUGAACACCGUAUAAAAAAUAUGGUUUUUGGUCGAAAAUUAAAAAAAAAUCCUCAUUAAAAAAGGAACACUAUUUAUAAUUCUAUUUAACCUACAAAUUAGCGUAGGGCAUUAAAAAAAAACUACAAAAUAAAUGGCCGUCCAUUUUUUUCUCCGUUUAUUAACUAUUGACGGGAAUAAAAAAUGCAUUUCGCACGAUAUUCCCCGCGAGGCGAGCGAUUUAUACGCGAUGCAGGCCAACGUACGUAAUAUAUAGUGUGUGUUGAAAAAUAAAACGUAUUAUUAUCUGGCGAAAUUGCUACGGGUAUGAUGCGUGUAAUAAAAAAGCCAUUAAAGGUAUAUCUAAAAGUACGGGCGUCGCGUUUACAACGUUCGCGGAUAAUAUACUCAUUUACCGAGCGGCUUUAAUUUCGAUCCAGAUUGCGGAGGAAGCAGUAAAUUGAAAGUUUCGCUCGGUCGCCACGUCAUCGAGAAAAAAAAAAUAGAAGAAAAGUCCGCAAGAAGUGGGCCUAUUUUUUCUCUUCUUCUUCCGUUGUUUUACUGUUCUUUUUCACUCCAGGAGAUUUUAAUAAUAAUAAUACUAAUAAUAAAUUAAAAAAAAAAGCAUUGGAAAAGCUAUUCCUGACCAACUGUCAGAUCUAGAUGUAAUAAUCAAUGCUUCAUUAACGCUAUUCCAAUUUCAAAAUCGAUUACGAAAUUUAAAAAGUUCCAAAUGUUUUUGGCUGCCGCUUAUAUAGAAAAUAGAAAUUUCACCAUAGCAAUGAAAUAAUCAAUUGAUCAUUUUUCCAAUGAUAAACCAACCCGCAGCCAAAUAAAAAUAAAUAUGAUUCGUUUUAUUUCACAAUCAGAUUUAAUCACUGCCACUGGAAAUUUCACUAUCUGAAUCAUUAUUAAAGUCAACCAUUAAAAUGUUAAUUUUCAAUCUAUCAAAAACUCCAUCUGUGGUCGUAUUGUUCUGCCAUGUGAUUUCAUCGUAUGUUUAUUUCAUUUUUUUAUUUAUUAAACUUCCAGUCUAAAAUAAUUCAUUAAAAAUAUUACUAAAAAAACCUAAUCAAACGGUCGCCUUUAACUAUCAACUUUUGUCGUGUGAUGAAUGAUUAUAUAAGUAUUUUUAUUUAAUUUCUUGGUAUUAACUUCAAAAUUUUUAUUCUUGAUGAAUAAUUGUAUUAAAAAACGUUCCAUAUUAUGAAGACUACAUAAAAAGAACUUCUUUUUUCAUACAUUUCGUAAAUUUCGUAUUUCAUAGAAGCCAUUUUAAAAUUAGGGACACAAAUAUCUGAAAUUAAAUUGCAUCUGAAAUUUUAUUAAUUUCACUAUAUCAGCUAAGCCUUCUGGAUGCAUCAUUCUGUUUCUCGGUCAAGUUGUCGAAUUUAUCAAAAUUUGCAAAUAAAGGAUCUAAAAGUCAAUGAAAGAUCGGCAAUAACUUGGUUUUGACGUCUAUUUAUAUUUCCAUGCUGUACGGUUUCCCUUUCCGACUGACUACCCGAGUGACGGGGCCAUAGUUUUGUCGUGCGCAGCAGCGUUUGAUAUUCUCCUUCGAUGAAGAUGUACAUAGAAUACUUAUGAUGUAAAUAAUCACUUAUAAUUUAUUACCCUAAUUAUUUUUAAGUGACAUUUUAUUUGGUUAAGUCGGUAACAAUUUUCUGUUUCGAUUGGCGAGCUUGGGACUUGUUAUCAACCAGCGUUCUGGACAAUUCGAACUGACAGUGCUUAUAUUUUGUACAUAACAGCCUCGCAUUGUGUAUAGGUAUGACGUAAGGUUAAAUA